GGUACAUUUUCAAAAACAGUCGGCGGAAAAUCGUCGUCCCUAGUUACCACAGCCACAAAGUCUUAAUAAGGUCUAAAACCCCGUCUAUUUCUACAAUUAAUAUUUUUUUUUAAAUCUGAUUUUAAAACUAACCCUAAACUGAAACUUAACUACAAUGCUAACCAUAACCUUUGUUUUAGUGUAUUUUUACGAUAAAGCCCAUUUUUACUUUGUGGCUGUGGUAACUAGUGGAAAUAAGUUGUUAUGCAGCUACGUAGCUAGUUAACGUUACAGCUCGUCCUGAAGUCAGAUGAUUGAAUAACAGUCGGUUUCUUGCUUGUUAGCUACGUUACUACUAGACUCAACAAGAAUGGCUCCUCACAAGGUUGUUGUCAAGUGUGGGAGCUAUGCUGUGUUGGUGGAUCUACAGAUCAUUGGGCCUCUGGGCCACGGAGCACCACAGGAAACCAGCUGGUUCACUAUGGAGCACACUGAGGAGGUCACUAGUCUGGUGAGAGAUGCUGUGGACCGGAGGGUGAGGCUCUACAUAGACUGCCUUCACAAAAGAGGACAGCCCAAACACAAGAGAGAGCUGCCACGUGCUAACCCCCUCUGUGUGAAAGGGCAAAGAGUUAGCCUGGUGGCCAACUUCGUGAAGAGACAUUUCAACCUGUGGUGUAUUGUCAAGCAUCAGUAUGGAGAGCUGCGUGUGUUUCCUGAGCGUUAUGUGGUGUGUGUGAGCCGACUGGAGGAUGCCUCAGCUAACCCGACCCCGGCCGUAACCGUGAGUCAGAGUACAGAGUCCCAGUAUUUUUCCAGGCCAGCAGCAGAAACCAGAGAUGAACUGAACUCCUCCGCAAUAACAAAGAGGAGUUCCCUCCAGAAGAUAGCCAGACACGCGAACGCCAGGCCCCAACCAGAAACCCAACCUCUGCCCUGCGGAUCUGUCCUGGGGAAGAAACUGCACUCUGAGCAGAACAGAGUCCCAGGAGAGCAGGUUCCGGAGCCCCAGCCACCGACAGGCCAGGCCAGGCUUACCACAGACGCAGUGCUGCCCCACGGCCAUCCCACAACAUCCACUGACCCCACAGAACAGGCUGGGGUUGUGGGAGGGGUGGGACUCACAGAGGGAAAGCAAAGAGAGAGUGUUGGGCUCCCAGGGGACACUGACCCCAGAGACACAGUACUGGGUCUGUCCCAGAGUCAGGGUGGGGAAGACAAACCCAGCAGGGUCCCAGGGGAAGACCCUCCCAGGGCCAAGAGGGUGUGCCUUGGGCCACUUCUAGUAGCUUGUUCCUCCAAUGACCUCAUAACACCAACACACUCAGCUGAAUCCUCCAACCCUCUCCUUCCUCCUCCUCCUCCUCCUCUUCUGUCGUCUCCUCGUCCACCUGUGGUCAAAUCCAGUGCCAAGACGGAGUCCGAGGCUUUCCCAGCCCCUGCCCCAGCCUUGUUCCCUGCCCCAGCUGCAGCCUUGUUCCCUGCCCCAGAGCGGACCCAGUCCACAGCCCCCCUCUCCCCUCUCCCAGCACCAGUCCCAGAGCGGACCCAGUCCACAGCCCCUCUCUCCCCUCUCCCAGCACCAGUCCCAGAGCGGACCCAGUCCACAGCCCCUCUCUCCCCUCUCCCAGCACCAGAGAAGGACCAGUCCACAGCCCCCCUCUCCCCUCUCCCAGCACCAGCCCCAGAGCGGACCCAGUCCACAGCCCCUCUCUCCCCUCUCCCAGCACCAGCCCCAGAGAAGGACCAGUCCACAGCCCCCCUCUCCCCUCUCCCAGCACCAGCCCCAGAGCGGACCCAGUCCACAGCCCCUCUCUCCCCUCUCCCAGCACCAGCCCCAGAGAAGGACCAGUCCACAGCCCCUCUCUCCCCUCUCCCAGCACCAGUCCCAGAGCGGACCCAGUCCACAGCCCCUCUCUCCCCUCUCCCAGCCCCAGAGCGGACCCAGUCCACAGCCCCUCUCUCCCCUCUCCCAGCCCCAGUCCCAGAGCGGACCCAGUCCACAGCCCCUCUCUCCCCUCUCCCAGCCCCAGAGCGGACCCAGUCCACAGCCCCUCUCUCCCCUCUCCCAGCCCCAGAGCGGACCCAGUCCACAGCCCCUCUCUCCCCUCUCCCAGCCCCAGAGCGGACCCAGUCCCAAACCUCUCAAACCACAGUGGAAGUGGAGCUGCUUACUCCAGGGAAACAGUCCCAGAGUCUCCUUCCUCUCACAAGCAGCAAUAACACAGAGCAGACAAACCAAAACAGCCCCGCCGCAGGUCUGAGAGGCCGAUCUGUCAAGGAUGUAGUCUCCUCAGCCCUGUCUAUUGCUUCCACACACAUCGGCGUCAUAGGAGAGGGAGAGGAGGGGAGGGAGAAUGGUGGGAGGAGGAGGAGGAGAGGAGAAGAGAAGAGAAGAGAAGGGAGAGGAAGAGAGGAGAAGAGGGCAAAGAUUAUGGAGGGGAAGAGAGGAGAAGAGAGGGAAUAUAAUGGAGGAGACAAGAGUAGGAGAGGAGAAGAGAGGGAAGUGGGAGAGGAAGAGAGGUCUGUGGCCAGACCAUCCAGAUUACGACGGCUGAAGAAGUGAAGAGGGUGAGAUGGAGAGAGAGGAGCAGACUGGGGAGGAGAGAGAGGAGCAAACUGGGGAGGAGCAGACUGAGAAAGGAGAGAGGAGAGAGUGGAGCAGACUGGGGAGGAGAGAGAGGAGCAGACUGGGGAGGGCAGAGCUUGAGGGUACAGUAAAGAUGCCUGAUGCCAGGGUUAGAGAUGGUAUUGUGGCAGAUGUGUGUUUACACGGUCUCUUCCACAGCUCCAUUUGGGACUUGAUCUCUGGCUGACUCGUAGGCAUCUGAACUCUUCCUGUAUCCUCUGACUGACUCCUAGGCAUCUGAACUCUUCCAGUAUCCUCUGACUGACUCCUAGGCAUCUGAACCCUUCCAGUAUCCUCUGACUGACUCCUAGGCAUCUGAACCCUUCCAGUAUCCUCUGACUGACUCCUAGGCAUCUGAACCCUUCCAGUAUCCUCUGACUGACCCUAGGCAUCUGAACCCUUCCAGUAUCCUCUGACUGACCCUAGGCAUCUGAACCCUUCCAGUAUCCUCUGACUGACUCCUAGGCAUCUGAACCCUUCCAGUAUCCUCUGACUGACCCUAGGCAUCUGAACCCUUCCAGUAUCCUCUGACUGACCCUAGGCAUCUGAACCCUUCCAGUAUCCUCUGACUGACUCCUAGGCAUCUGAACCCUUCCAGUAUCCUCUGACUGACCCUAGGCAUCUGAACCCUUCCAGUAUCCUCUGACUGACCCUAGGCAUCUGAACCCUUCCAGUAUCCUCUGACUGACUCCUAGGCAUCUGAACCCUUCCAGUAUCCUCUGACUGACCCUAGGCAUCUGAACCCUUCCAGUAUCCUCUGACUGACCCUAGGCAUCUGAACCCUUCCAGUAUCCUCUGACUGACUCCUAGGCAUCUGAACCCUUCCAGUAUCCUCUGACUGACCCUAGGCAUCUGAACCCUUCCAGUAUCCUCUGACUGACCCUAGGCAUCUGAACCCUUCCAGUAUCCUCUGACUGACUCCUAGGCAUCUGAACCCUUUCAGUAUCCUCUGACUGACUCCUAGGCAUCUGAACCCUUCCAGUAUCCUCUGACUGACUCCUAGGCAUCUGAACCCUUCCAGUAUCCUCUGCUCUCUCUCUCUCUCUCUCUCUCUCUCUCUCUCUCUCUCUCUCUCUCUCUCUCUCUCUUUACAAUAUCAACAUAAUUAUAAUCAAUAUUGUCAAUAACAACAAUAAUCUAGGGUAAAAAAAAUAACCAUACAAGGGCAUAGAGGACAUGUGUAGGUUGGUUGGUCUGUCAGGCACUCUCAUUCUGUGGUUUUGCAUGUACAGUAAAUACUAGAAUGUACAAUAUUCACACAGGCUGCAGUACCACGGAGUACCAGACUUAUCUCUUAGAAGCCCUUUGUACUACUCAAUUUCAAACUGUUUUCAAUAUAUAUUGGUAUAUAUUCAACAAUUGAACUGUAUUUUAACAAUGUUUUAUAUUUUGGGGAUAAUAGAGGUGUAGCCAGAGGGGUUCUUGGUGUUGCUAGAGUCCAGAGGGCAGGGGCCAGGGUUGGGCCAGACCACUCCCUCUCCAUAGCCUCACGGCCAGAUAGAUUCCUGGGAAACCAGUCAACCCACUUCCCCCCCGGAUCUCUGGGGCUCCACAGCUUUUCAGGCCCUCCAGGCCCCCACCCCGGCUCGGCUAGGGCCCGUCAAAGAAACCAACCUACCCAGCCCCCCACUGACUCUGCCCCACUAAUUGACAGUCACUCACCCCUCCCCAGGCUCUUCUACACUGGUUCUGGUGUGGCUUUACAGAGAAAUCAACCAACCCAUUCCUCUCCUGGCAGCCAGGUCUCCACUGGCCCUCUAGGCCCCCACCCUUUCAGAGAAGCCAACUAACCAGCCCAGGCCCCUCCUCCCUCCCCCUGAAAGACACCUUUCCCGGGGCUCUCCUUGGUUCUGUUUGGAUCCAACAGAGAACCAAACCCAGGCCCACAUCUAGGCUCCCACCCAGGCAUUCACCCUGCCCCUGCCUCCCUCUCGGCCCCCCUGUCUCUGCUGGAGCCCAGCAGACUACAGAACCAAACCCAGGCCCCCCUUGACGUUCCAGUACAUUAGUCAUAAUGCUGUCUCUGUUCGACGUUCCAAGAUGUUCCAGUACAUUAGUCAUAAUGAUGUCUCUGUCCCACGUUCCAGUACAUUAUUCAUAAUGUUGUCUCUGUUCGACGUUCCAAGAUGUUCCAGUACAUUAGUCAUAAUGCUGUCUCUGUCCGAUGUUCCAGUACAUUAGUCAUAAUGCUGUCUCUGUCCGACGUUCCAGUACAUUAGUCAUAAUGCUGUCUCUGUCCGAUGUUCCAGUACAUUAGUCAUAAUGCUGUCUCUGUCCGACGUUCCAGUACAUUAGUCAUAAUGCUGUCUCUGUCCGACGUUCCAGUACAUUAGUCAUAAUGCUGUCUCUGUCCGAUGUUCCAGUACAUCAGUAAAAUGUUGUCUCUGUCCGAUGUUCCAGUACAUUAGUAAAAUGUUGUCUCUGUCCGAUGUUCCAGUACAUUAGUCAUAAUGCUGUCUCUGUCCGAUGUUCCAGUACAUUAGUAAAAUGUUGUCUCUGUCCGACGUUCCAGUACAUUAGUCAUCAUGCUGUCUCUGUCCAACGUUCCAGUACAUUAGUCAUAAUGCUGUCUCUGUCCCACGUUCCAGUACAUUAGUCAUAAUGCUGUCUCUGUCCCACGUUCCAGUACAUUAGUCAUAAUGCUGUCUCUGUCCCACGUUCCAGUACAUUAGUCAUAAUGCUGUCUCUGUUUGACGUUCCAGUACAUUAGUCAUAAUGCUGUCUCUGUCCCACGUUCCAGUACAUUAGUCAUCAUGCUGUCUCUGUCCCACGUUCCAGUACAUUAGUAAAAUGUUGUCUCUGUCCGACGUUCCAGUACAUUAGUCAUAAUGCUGUCUCUGUCCCACGUUCCAGUACAUUAGUCAUAAUGCUGUCUCUGUUCGUGUCACUGCUUAUUUACCAUUUAUGGUUUUAAUAAAGACGUUCCCUCUCCCUGAGAGAA